AUGAAGUCGAAUGUUUGUUUUCUAUUAUUUUGUGCAACUCUGUGUGUAAAGGCAGUUAGCGGCAGUCUUGAUGAAGCGGCACCAGCAACACCGCAGCUCCAGGAACCUAUUUUCACUUCGUGCAAGAACGAACCAUCGAAAGUAUCGGGAGUCUAUCUCAUCCGCAUCAACAACGAUACAUCGUCAUUGGAAGCAUUUUGUGAGCAAGAGAAAUUUGAUGGCGGUUGGCUUGUGGUGCAACAUCGCUUCGACGGGUCGGUUGAUUUUUACCGGAACUGGACCGAAUACCGCGAGGGAUUUGGCGACGUGGACAAGGAGUUCUGGCUCGGGCUGGAAAAGAUACACCAGAUCACGACGGCUCGGCCACACGAAAUAACCAUCGAGAUGAAGGCUUUUGACGAAACUUAUAGGUACGCUCGCUACGAUGAAUUUAAAAUAGGCAGCGAGAGUGAGCACUACAUACUGACGCUAGGAAAGUACAGCGGAACUGCAUUUGACUCGAUGACGCGUAACAAUGGAAUGAAAUUCGCAACCAUGGAUCGAGAUGAUAUGGAUAAAGAGAAUGUUCCUCUUGGUUGUGUUAGAGCUUUUAGAGACCCAUGGUGGCACGCCGAUUGCACCUACGCGAAUUUGAAUGGACUGUACAAAAAUGCGAACGAUAUUAGAACAAUGUUUUGGUAUGAUUUCAAACGCUAUCAAGGAUUGAGUUUUACUAGGAUGAUGAUACGUGAAAUUUAA